GUCUGUAAUUCGAACAGUUAUGCAUGCUAUCUGUAAUGUGGACAAGUUUGACGCAGGCUGUAGCCCAUUGUGUUGGUGGGUUGAGCAAUUGAUUUGAGAGAAGCAGUCAAUCGCGGAUCGAUAAAAGCAUGUUGUCAAGUGAUUGGAUGAGCCACCUUCCAUGUAAAUGCUUUGGACAUGAUUAACUUAAUAAGGCCGCUAUCGACGACACGAGAAUGUCACUGUUACUGUAAAUUAUAAUUAGUGUCUGACAGUAAGUCGUUGCUGCUGUUGUCCUUUUAGAUUCAAAUUAACAACGUGAUAAAAUAAAUGCUAAAAGUUUCAUAAUAACUCUUUAUGAUUUGAGCCAAGAGCAAAAACAAGUGAAGUCAUAUUUAUAGCAGGUCUUGGUCUAAAGUCAAAACUCUACAAUUGCAAAAAGUCUUAACUAUGAAUCACAGGUUUGAUUGACAGAAUUCAUUCCGUGUCCACUGGGUGGCGACCGAGUAUUUUCUUUGUUAUGUUAAAGCCCCUAUACUUGUUUUGGAUGAAUCGGUGGAAAUGAACUAGAUACCUGCAUGGUCUUAUUUGUCCCUCUUUGUGUGUUGGAUACUCUGCUCAGUUUUGUCAUCUUACCAUAUUUAAAUGGGAAACAUGAAAUUGUGGAAGUGUGUGUGAAUGUUGAAACAUGCAGAAUAAUCAUGUCUUGUUUCAUAUUGGCACAUACAUGAGCCUUUACACACACUUUUUGAAACCGAUACUGGAUAUGUUGCCUAAUAAUGAACUCUACUUUCUCUACGGAAAACGCUGUCCAAUGUUUAAUUUCCCUGUCCAAUAUUUAAUCUGCAAUCACUUUAUUAGUAUCUGCAUGUUUCUGAGGUCAGGGGGAAGGAUGAUGAUUUUAGCAUUACUCGUGCCACACCAACCUAUGUUAAAGAUGUACCACUCCAAGUGUAACCACUGGUCUUUCUUCCAUGUCUUUUCCGACUGCAUCCACAUUAGUAAUGUUGAUUAGCUACUCCUAUGACAUUUUUUUGCAAUGUGUGUUUUAACAAGACAUGUUACUUUGAGUGUGGUGUUACAUAGUUCUCACACAAGACCAACUUUAAAUAGCAUUUUCGACCGGGGACCUGACACAGAUGAAAACUUUGAGUGGGAAGAAGACAAUCUUUGAUAAAAUGGGAUAAAUAUGCUAGCUGGGUAGUUAGUUCUAAUCGAUGUAGCUAUUUGUGAAAGUUCAAAUAGUGAGUAAAUUACUGAAAUCAAAUCAAAAAAUCGUCUUUUGAAUUGCCAUUCCUGAAAUCUUACGGUGACCUCUAAAGCUCCUCGGACCUCCAUUUAGGCCCCGUUGCGAUACGCUACCGUGGUAUGGUCUCAUAUUUUGUUCUAUACUGUAAUUUAUUAUGAAUGGCAUAAACUCGCCUGCCCUCCACGUGGGUGUGAAUCUCGACUUGCUAUUGGCUGGAAUUCGCAGCGUCCUGAAGUAGCUCAGCUGUGAUUGGCUGGUCCUGUCUUUCGGCUGUGGGCGUAUUUUAUCGAUGGUGGAAGUGGGAUACUUUGUGACUGUUCAUUGUCGAUAUUUCACUGGAGCUGCGGUGGGUAGGAGUGCGCAGCGGAGAGCCUCCACUAUUAACCGAAUGAGGCUUUGCAGAACACGGACCGUUUGUUAUUCUCAUACAAAGCGUGUAAAAGCUGACAAAACACCGAGAGGGAUUUGUAUUCUUUUUUACUAGACCUCCUAGUUUUUGUUUUAAGUAAACGCCUGAGCGUCCGUGGCGUUUUUGUUUGCUGACAACAUACUUGCGUUUCUGCCAGGCAUUUACACAUCUAUGUAGCAUUUAGAAAGAAGGAAGGAAGACUUUUGCUUGCAACAAAGAAAACGAUCAAACAAAGAGAAAAGCAUAUGCAGUUGACUUUCCUGUGGGAAUAUUCUCAUGAUAUCGACGAGAGAGAAUACGGACCGGGUUUUAUUCUGACUCUCGAAAGACGAGAGAAAGAAAGAGAGAAAGCUCUCUGAAUGCUGCCUUUGAUUUGCGAGCAGAACAAGGGACAGUAGCCGGAGCGUCGGACCUGCUUCAACCUUCUCCUUCAUACCCAGCUCUGCUCGUCUUGUCUUCCCCUCACUGACUACAGGUUAUCGGAUGGACCAGCACCCCAGCGCCCGGAGCUGCACCAGUCGCGGGGCUUCGUCGUGCGAGGCCGUCCCGACUGAGCCCUCCAUGAAUCUGUACAUCCACUCCACCACCGGCACACGCUUUGAGCUCUCCCUGCCCCAGGAGGAGACCGUGGAUGGACUGAAGAGGAGGCUGUCUCAAAGACUCAAAGUACCUAGAGAGAGACUCGCUCUGCUGCACAAAGAAACGCGACUAAGUUCAGGCAAACUCCAGGAUCUAGGUAUCUCUGAUGGGAGCAAGUUAACACUUGUACCAACCGUCGAAGCAGGAUUAAUGUCUCAAGCAUCAAGACCCGAACAGUCCGUAAUGCAAGCCUUGGAGAGUCUAACUGAAACUCAGGUCAGUGACUUCCUGUCCGGCCGCUCCCCCCUCACCCUGGCGCUGCGUGUUGGCGAUCACAUGAUGUUCGUGCAGCUCCAGUUGGCGGCGCAGCAGGCCGGCGGACCGCAGCUCCAGCACAGACACGUCAUCACCCGGAGCAACGCGGAGGCCGCAAUUGGACAGCCCACCGGGCAGCCUCGCGUUCCCCACCCUCACUCCCACCAUCACCCCCAUCAUCCACAGCCCAGCCCCCACUUGGCCCAGCCUCACCCUUCUUCCCCAGUCUCCCCUUCCUUCCCGCUGCCCUCCACGCACCACCAGCCCAUCCCUCCCAUGUACCACCAGUCGGUCUCCUCCACUCACUGUAGCCCCCCUACUCCCCCUCCGCAAGCCCACUCCCCUCGUCCGUCAAACAUCCCUGGAGGGCAUUUCCGCUCUCCAGCCCAUCACCAUAGUCACCAACACCACUACCACCAGCCUUCUUCAAGCCAACCCAGCCACGACGUCGGCCAGGCCAGCCCUGUAGCCCCGGUCCUCUGCCCUGAAGCUAACUGCAGCCCCAACAGCCCCAACAGCUCCAACAUCCCCAACAGCCCCAACAUUCCCAACAGUCCCAACAGCCCAAACAGCCCCAGUGGCAGCGGCAGUGGAAGUGGCAGCAGCAGUGGCAGCAGUCCCUCAACACGCUCCCGUAAACCCGGGGCUAUCAUUGAGAGCUUUGUCAACCACGCUCCCGGAGUCUUCUCAGGGACCUUUUCAGGCACUUUGCACCCUAACUGCCAGGACAGCACUGGGCGUCCCAGACGAGAUAUUGGUACCAUCCUGCAGAUCCUCAACGACCUCCUCAGCGCUACGCGCCACUACCAGGGCAUGCCCCCCUCCCUCACCCAGCUCCGCUACCAGACCCAAUGUGGUUCGCCCACCACACCCUCCCCCUCGCCGCCUCCCUCACCCCAGGUUGCUGGCAUGACGGGCCUCUCUGCCAAAGCUACCUCUGUGCCCGCCAGCAUCCCCAUCAGCCCUCCUGCGACUCUUCAUCCGCUGGUGCAGUGCCAGAGCCAGAUCCGCAUGUGCAAACCCCCUGGUGACCGUAUACGUCAGACUGAGAACCGCGCAACUCGCUGCAAGGUGGAGCGCCUGCAGCUGCUGAUGCAGCAGAAGCGCCUGCGCAGGAAGGCCAGGCGGGACCAGCGCGCUCCGUAUCAGUGGCUGCCCAACCGGAAGGCGGGACGCAGCAACAGCAACAGCAGCAUGUCCAGCGAGGGCUCCCUCGACCUGGACUUUGACGACUCUGUGUGGAAGCCCGACGUAAAGGCCGACCUGAAGUCUGAGUUCGUUAUGGCCUGAAAAACGUCUGAUCCCACUCACUGUGGAAAAGAUUCAAAGAUGUGCAAAGCGUUGCUUGGGAUUUACUUAGAGAUAUAUUUUGAGGGAAUGGAUUGGCAGGAGGUGCCACAGAACUGUGCAAAGCGGAAAGCUGGCGUCUGUCAGAUGAAAUAUAAAGCUCCCUGCAUACUUUAAUCCCAUCCUGUCCUUCUCAGCUGACGUUGUGAAAACGGCAAGAGAACUUUCUUUUGAUGCUUGGAUUUGGACAGGCAACUACCGGACUUAACAGUGUACAAGACUUUUUACGGUGUGAUUACAGAGACCAUAUCUGAACUUGAGCAUAGCAGAAUUCAGUGGGUGGUGGUGGUGGUGGUGGUGGUGGUAUUUUUCAGAUUUUUGUUUCUAUGGUUCGUUUUUUAAGCGCACUCUGGACAGCAAUGAAGAGAUCCACACUGGACUUACUAAUAGGAGCACCAGAGGCCUCAGUGUUUCCUCGAUGGCAGAACUGCCAAACUAUGGAUUGUUCCAAUGGGCAUUCUUAUUGAUCUCAAACUCACCAACCAGAGUCUACUUUUUACCUGUUACGGGGUGGUUAAACCUUUUUUUUGUUUUCAUUUUGAAACAUAUUAUUAUAUUUUAUAAACAAAAAAUAUGUAGCAUUGUUCACAAAGCAUUCAGGUUUUCAUAUAACAGUUCAAAGUAGUUGUUGAUUUGCACAUUUUCUUGAUUUAUAACAGCUGGUCAAAGUGUGCAAGGAGGAGGAGGUGGGGCCUGAAAUCGAUAAAAAUAAAAAAUGAAUAUGGAAGUAUUGAUAUCAACCUCAGUGACAUAGGGUAUCGAUAGGAAUGAUUAAUGAGUUAACUAAAUAAAUUAAUAUUAACAGAAAGUGCUUUAGAGGAUUUAAAAAUCUUUAAAAUGUAUAUGGAAAAAAAAAUCUAUUUUUUAUUUCUCCUAUCUGCUGUUUUCAAAAGACAGCAGCCCUUUGUGGCUUUAGUCAAGUUGUUGACUACCAACAAAUACAUCCAUUUAAUCAUUCAUUAGCUCAUUGCUUAGAACAAAUUAUACUGAAAGAUACAUUUCAUCCAGCCCACUUUAUGUCUCACAGACCUGAUUGGACUUGUUGAUGGUUUGUAAAGUUGUUUGUGUACAUACAUGUGACAAUUGGCAAAGGUUUAUGAGGGUGUGUGUCUACGUGUGACUUUAGUGUAAAUUGAUUUAGAAUACCCAAUGUUUUCGUCCGAGUUGUACCCCCCAUAGUUUCUCAAAAAUCAAAGAUCAGCUGCAGUGAAUGCACGGGUCACUAUCCCAAAAUGUCACAUUCGGAUUCGGUUCCUCUGCCAAGUCCUCAUAAUAUUUUGUUAUUGGCAAAAGAGGGAGAUAAGUGGGCUCUGUAUCCAGCAUCAUUAUCUAGUGCCUCCACCAGUUCAUCCAUAGACAUAUCAAGUUAGGCCUUUCACGAUUUUGCUGCUACACAGUAGGACUUCAGAUGAGAAAAAAAAAAGUGAAAAGGAAAAAGUGACUUUUAUUUGCAUGCAGUGUGAAUUACACUGAUCUCUUUUCUAUUGAUGGAAGAAAAACAACUGGUGCUGUGGGAAUGAAGGUUAACAACAUGCAUGAAUUUGUGAAGAAAAUAAACAAUGCUGCUUUUGUUGGUUAGGUUUUUGUAAUUUUAAAUUUCUCAAUGUUAGAACAACAGUGUCCUGCUUAAGUAUUACAAACGCAAAACCAAAACAGAUGAAGUUAAGUGUGGACUCGCAUCUUGCUCAGCACUGAACAUUCCUGUUGUGUGACAAUGAAGAUGAUGAUGAUGAUGAGCAAAGAGCAGCUGACUCUUUCCCCACUCCCCGAGCGCUGGUUUUACCCCCCAUGACUCUCAAUGACCCAGACAAACUUUUUAGCCACCUCCCCUCCUCCCAACCUGAACGCAAACCGAGGCUCGUGUGGACGUACUCUGGCAGGGAACUAACAGACCAGCGGAUUCUCAGUACUGUCCGUCAAACCCGAGAGAAACAUCUGGUCUGUCUCUUUAUCUGUCUGUCUGUCUGAUCGAUCGACCACCCUACCACAAUUGCACUCCCAGAGAUUGCAGUGAGAGAUUACCUUUUUGGUGAACCUCAUCUUUUUUUUAAGUGGCCUUACCUUUCACUAAAAAAAUGAGACACUUGGGGACAAUGGGGGCGGGAAUGUUUUGUUUUUUUUGUUGGUUUUUAAACUUUCUGUGUGCAUCGUUGUCAGACUUGUUGUCAUCAACGCACCAUUUUUGUCACUGAGGACACUGGGCAUCUGUUGUUUAGUGCUUUUAGCUGGUGGAGUCUCUAUUAUGUCAAGGCUUCUGUGCCUUAAAAUGUUGCCCUUGCUGUGUCAGUGUCAGAUUGAAGCUUGUUUUCAUUGGUUGGUACACAGGACUGUAGUAUUCACAGCCAUGAGAGUUGUAGAUUUAAGGGGUAAAGCUUGUUGAAGGGAAACAAAAACUAUUCAAACGUUGGUGUUGUUCCUCAAACAUGGCCUUCAUCCCAUUUCUUCAUUGUGCUGCCAUGCUUGUUGGUCUCCGUUGUCCUAACCUCACAUCCCUGUUAACUCAGUCCUCCCACCAACAAGCUGCAAAAGGCUACAAAUCUGUUUAACUUAUGUUAACUGAGGAAGUUUACAUCACAGUACUUAGAUGGCAGGAAACAACCCUGAAUAAGAAAAGUCCUCUGAGGACUCCAGACUACAUGCACUUCCUGUUUCCUUGGAUACAACAUUAUUAAAAGGACAUUUUAUCCCUUGCCCCUCCCAAAUUGUAUUUAAUUUUGUUUUGUAUAUGUAUGAAAUAUACUCUGUGUGUGCCUCACUUCUGUGUGAAACUCAAAAAGAUGAAACAAAACAAAAAAGAUGACAAAAGCAUUACAGAGAGGAUAAAAAACAGUAUGUUGGUGGAAUUCUGAUCACGUCAUUUAAGUUGCCUGUUCUUUCUUGUAGCCAACUAUUGAAAAUAACAGGAUUCAAGAAUACAAUUUACAAUGUUCUAGCUCUAGACCGGUGUAGCACAUGUGUGACUGUAUUAAUUUAUGAAACCAAAAUGGUAACUGUGAAUUAUGUAUUUCUUUGUGCAUUUUUUUUAAAAGCUGGGGAGAAGGCUGUCGGGACAUAGCAGCAGCUGAUGCUGGUGUCCAAAAAAAACUUUUGUUUUUUUGGUGGAUUAUAAUGGAAACAAAAUGUGUUUCUGGGAAAAAUAAAAAAAGUGAUAAAAAAUUGAAAAAAUUGAAAAAUUGAAAAAAUAUAUGAAUAUAUUUUUUUUCUUAAGCAAUACAUUUCAGUGUGACUUGUGAUAGAACAUUUUCUUUUUUUAGGUAAUAAAUAAAUAAAAACAAAAUGAGUACGUCA